UAUUGUUUUAUUUUGUAUUUUUCGUUUUAUAUAUACGUUAGGGUGACCAUACGUCCCGUAUUAUACGGGAUUGUCCCGUUUUUCCACUUUGUGUCCCGUUGUCCCGACAAAAGUUAUACGGGACGCAUUUUGUCCCGUAUUUUCAAGUAGGUCCCGUAUUAUUCCCGUUUUUCUCUUUAUUGUUAAUUUAUAAUUUUAUAAUUUUUUUUUUUUUUAUUCUACGAUAUUUUUGUAUCACAAUAUUCAAUAAAACAUCUAAUCUAUACUUAUCAGAAUUAUUUUUAGAUUCUUGUCUUAACAAUAAAUUAUUAUAAUUGCUGCGAGUUGAAAAUAGAGAACUAAUAAUGUCACAUUAUUAUCGACACGUUAAACCGACGAUUAUAAAUACUAAUGAUAUAACGAUAACGUACAAAAUGUUAUUAAUAUUAUUAUAUUGAUGUGUGACGUCGUCUACUAAAUAAGUACAAUUCCAUUCACCACAACCAGUUUGUUGUCAAAUAUAAUGUCUAUUUUUAUUUUAUAAUAUCUAUGUAAAAUUAUAAAUAUAAUUUGUUAUUAAUAUUUAUACGUGAGUGUCGAGUUCACGAUGACAUUCACAGUGUAGUCGUAGUCGUAGUGACGUAUUGACGUGUCACGUGUAGUUUAUUAAGCUUAUUUAAAAUUCAGUGUACCAUAAUACCUAAUUUGUUUUUUAAAAUGCCCAAAAGACGGUGCGUUUUUACUCCACAAUUAAAAUUAGAAUUUCCUUUUUUACAAGAUGCUGACGAAGUAGGAAAAAUAUUUUGUACCAUAUGUAAGUCAGUGUUUUCUAUAGAACAUGGUGGACGUUCAGACAUAACACAACAUGUUACAAAAGUAAAAAAACAUUUACUGGCAUUAUCAGCUGCAUCAAAACACGAAAAGGUAACUUCUUUUUUUUUAAAAAAUGAUCCGAGUGGGUCCACUGACGAAAGUAGACGUACUGCAGCACAAGAAGGGAUAUUCGCAUUUCAUACCGUGAUACACAAUCACUCAUUUCGAUCAAUGGACUGCACAUCAUCUCUUUUAAAACAAAUGUAUAAUAAAAAAUUUACAUGUGCGAGAACUAAGGCUGAAUCGAUUGUUUUAAAUGUGUUAGCUCCUUUCGCCAUGCAACAAAUUUAUAAGGAAAUAGAAAAUAUAAAUUUUGCUACAAUUAUGAUAGAUACUUCUAACCAUAAGAACCUAAAAAUCGUACCAAUUUUAAUACGUUAUUUCAAACCAAAUUCGGGAAUACAAAUCAAAGUUUUUGAAGUAACAAAUUUAAAAGGAGAAACAGCAAAUAUUUUAUCAACUUAUAUAAUUGAAAGUUUAAAAAAGCAUAAGUUGUCAGAUAAAAUUGUUGCAUUUUCUGGAGAUAAUUGCAAUACUAACUUUGGAGGUGUUUUAAGAAAAGGAUCAAAUAAUGUUUUUUCAAUUUUAAAUAACAAUUUAAAAACGAAUAUUUUUGGAGUAGGUUGCGCUGCUCAUAUUUUGCACAACGCUAUGCAAUCAAGUGCUGAUGUGUUACCUAUUGAUGUAGAAAUCAUAGUUAACAAAAUUUUUCAAUUUUUUCAUAUCUAUACAGUUCGAGUUGAACAUUUGAAAGAGUUUUGUGAAUAUGCAAAUGUUGAAUAUAAAAAUAUUCUUGGAAGUGUAAAAACUCGUUGGUUAUCCUUAUUACCUGCAAUAACAAGAAUUAUUGAUAUUUACCCGGGCUUAAAAUCAUACUUCGAGAAACAGGAAAAGUGUCCUACAAUAUUAAAAUCGUUUUUUAACGAUCCUAUGUCUAUAGUGUGGUUUCAUUUUUUACAAAGCCAAUUAAAGGUUGUCUGUGAUACUGUAACUAAAAUAGAAGGAGAUAAAAUAUCAGCCUGUGAAGUUGCAGAGGAAUUAGAAAUUUUAGUUGGAAAAAUAAAAAAUAGAAAACAUCUAAACUUCCUUACAACAAAUAUUUUAUCGCUUUUAAAUGAUUUAAAAAACAAUAAUAUGUAUAAUGAAAGCUCAUUCAAAAAAAGUACUGAUCUAUUUUAUAAUACUUUUUUAUCUUACGUAGAAAAAUGGGGUUGCCACUUUGACCAGUUGAAAAUAUUUCAUUGGGUCCAACUAAUAAACUGUCCUACUUGGGAAAAUGUUCAAAAAUGUAUUAAAUUUCUUAUGGAAAACAACCGAAAUAAUUCUAACAUAAAAUUAGAUGAAGAUAAUUUAUUUGAUGAAUUCAGUCAUGUAGAACAAAUUUUUAAAUCACGAAUUCAUGAAUGGCAAAAAAAUUCCGCUAAAGUAGAAGUUAAGUGGUGUGAAAUAUUUGAAUACACUAAAGCUCAUAACAUUGAUACAACUAACAUAUCAAAAAUCGUAGAAUAUUCUUUGGCAAUUCCUGGUACAAAUGCUGCAGUAGAACGGAUUUUUUCAACCAUUAAUGUGUUGUGGACAGAUGAAAAAAAUCGAUUUUUGGUUGAAACUAUCAAAUCAAUUAUAAUCGUAAAAACACACUUUAAAAACUUAUCUUGUAAUGAGUUUUAUAAUAUUCUAUUAAAAGAAACUAGGUUACUUGAUGAAAUCGGUUCAGCACAAAAGUAUACAAAAACAUCAAAAGAAGAAAUUUACAUGCCAUCGUCAUCAAAAUAAUUUUUUUUUGGACUUUUGUGUACAUAUUAUACUUAUUAAUAUUUUAUUUGUAUUUAAAAACUAUUAUACAACAUACAUUUAAUUUGUUUUUUUUAUAUUAAUAUAUUUAGUUAAAAUUAGAAUUUCCUUUUUUUUUUUUUUUUAGUUAAGUAACUAAAGUGUCCCGUAUUUUUAUUUUAUUUUUAUGGUCACCCUAAUAUACGUGCACACUCGUUGAAGACACAAUGGAAAUAU